CGUACGGUAUAGACCAGGGGUGGGCAAACUUUUUGGCUCAGGGGCCACAUUGACUUUUAAAAUCUAUACUAUAGACAGAGAACCCUGGAUUCAAGGCGGAGUCCGGUGGGGGUCCGAGACGGCGCGCCGUUUCCCCUUCUUCUCUGCUUUCUCAACGCACAGCCGGUGUUCCACAUUGAAUGGAAGCAGACGCACAGCCAUUGGUUUGGACUGACACAGCAAAGCCAACGGGGACAAGGGGCGUUCCUGGUGCGCGUGGAGACUACUAUUUAUCUGCGUGCUCUCUGGCUCCCGCGUGAGAAGUCGUGGUGCUGAGGAUGCUGCAGCACCCCUUGUUUAUGGAUUUGCUUCUGUCGGCUAUUUUUUUUCAACUUCAAUGCGAGAGCAACCAGAACUGCCAGUGUUUGUUUAUGCCUAAAAUGUACUUCAUGGGACAGUCAUGGUCCAGUUUCUGAAAAGAUCUUGUGGCAUUUUCAGGACGGUUUUCUUCAACACCUCAUUGUUCUUACAUUAUGAGCCAAAACAUAAACAUAUUUAUGAAUUGAUCACAUGCUCCUAUGGCUAUAUGGCCUCAUUCUUGUCUCCCUAGAUGUCUGUGUUUUCCAGCGGACUGCUUCAGAAGGUUGCCAUGUCUGUGAUGGUCCUGCUGACAUGCUAUUUUAUGAUAUUCUGUCACUGUCCUGAAAAGGGGACCAAACACGUUGACACUCAACAAAAACCGAGGUUGCUACCCCAGAGUCCUCUUCCCAAAUCCGGUCCAUGCAACUGUUAUGAGGGCUCAACGCUCCUCAAGAAUAAACUCCCGAAGGAUCAGUAUGAGGAGCUGUUGCAACGCAGAGCCAAGGAGCUCCAACAAUUCAAAAUCAGGACCACGUCUGUAUUAUCCACACCGCUGUUUGCGUUGCCCAACUCUCCGCUGCAGUACCCAAUCCAGGGUUUCCAUGUACAGCCUCUGAUCUCCACUCCUGUACCAGGUUUAGCACUGCAUGCAGGGCAAAGGAGCAGCUACAAGGUCUCCUUGAAAGUGUCCAAAGGGGUCCUGACCACAGAGAUUGCUGAUGGAGGGAAGGUGCAAGGUGAUGGGAUGACCAAGCUGAUUAUGGAGUCUAGCAGCCUGGUGAUCCUCAACUACCUGCUAGCUAAAGUGUUCUACACCAGCACGAUCUACCACAUACACACCGGAGACCUCGUAUCCUUCCAGUUUGAGGAGCAUGAGGCCGUGUUUCCCAUCACCAUCAAACAGCCUCUCCUUCCAGUCCUGUACAACAUGGGAACAAGUGUGAGCUCUCACGUCACCGUCAUCACCAAGACGUUCCUGCGCUACCCACAACUCAAGGUGUUGCUGAGUAGCAUCCGGCGUUUCUAUAGCGACAUAGAAGUCAUCAUUGCAGAUGACAGCUUUGAAACGGAGCACAUUACUGGAGAACACAUCAGACAGUACAUCAUGCCGCCGGCACAGGGCUGGUUUGCUGGCAGGAACCUGGCGGUCUCCCAGGUAACCACCAAGUACUUCCUGUGGGUGGACGAUGACUUUGAGUUCACGGAGGGGACGAAGAUAGAGAAGCUGGUGGAGGUGAUGGAGGCGCACCCGGAACUGGAUGUGGUGGGUGGGACCGUAAAAGGGAACCAGUUUUAUUUCUCUCUCCUCUACGAUGAAGGAGAGGAAAUGGAGGGUGGCUGCCUGUACAGAAAGUCUAAAGGGAGGUUCCACUCACUUUCUGGUUACCCAAAAUGCUUUAUGGCCAGUGGGGUGGUCAACUUCUUCUUGGCUCGAACGCAAGCUGCACAGCAGGUGGGAUUUGACCCUAAGCUCCAGAGGGUGGCGCACUCGGAGUUCUUCAUAGACGGCCUGGGCUCCUUGAUGGUUGCCACGUACAGCCACGUGUCCAUCGGCCAUCAGCCCAAAUUCAAACAUUAUCAAAUGGGAGUGGCUCAUGACAAGAUUAUGGGUGGGAAAUUACUUAUACGUCGAGUAGCCUGCAAGCCGGUAUAGCAACACGCCGGGAAGAACCGACACAAUAUGUUCUACUCAAGGAAAGAAAAAAACGUAAUCUAUUCCGUCUACUGCCAAAUUUACAAGAAAGCGCAAAUAAUUUGGACUCUGACGUAGACUACGUUUCACAAAGUUCAUGUAACUUCUUUAAAUUCAGCAACUCACAAAACUGCACCAAAACCUGGACAGCAACCUUUUUUGGAGGGAGCCUGGGGACUUUCUCCAGAUUUUGAGGAUGUCGCUGUGUUUUUAUGUUUGUAGUUCAACAUGUGUGUCUCCGUAUGUUGCACAGAGAAAAAAUUAGCUAGACACGUGCUUUCGUUUAACAGACAAAUCCUACUCCUCAAAUCCAGGAACUGUGUGCAUCCAAUUCACUUAGAC